AUGGAGGUGAAACAUAGAUGUAAUCAGAUACUUGAACUCGGAUUUCCUUUAGGUGGAAUUGCCAAGCUGUUUGCUCAAGAAUGGGAGGGUGAUGUAACUGUUGUUAUGCCUGCAACUCUUGCUCAGUACUCGAAAAUUAUACAGAAUCCUUCAUAUAUGGAGGCAAACAAGGCAAACAACCAAGGGAGAAGAUGCACCUGGGAGAAGCUUUCGGCCAUAAAAGCUAAUUGCGGAAUUGAGCUUGCUCUUGAUGAGUGUGUUGUAAUGCUCAAUCAUAUGAGAAGACUCAAACAAAGUGCUGCAAGAGCGGCAGCUGCUGUUUCUUCUCAAGGAUCCCUUGAAGAUCUUAUUCUAGGCGCUAACGGUCCCAAUGAAACCUCCGGUAAAAAUUGGAAGUCCAACCGUAGCGCAUAUUAUGGAAGUGACUGUGAAUCUGAAUGUAGUGACUCAAAUUCUUGGACAAGAACUGGGGGGCCUUUAAUGAGAACUACUUCGUCCAAUCUGUUCAUUGACUUCGUCCAGCACUUAGAAAUCGAUAUUGAACCUAGUACAAGCAUGCCGGGUCGUACUACGCCUCACGAUUUUCAAUAUCACAGUCCCAGGGUGACAACACCGGAUAGGAGCUCCUCAGAAUCCGACCAGAGGGAAAACGGCAACAAGGUUUUCACGAAUGGAUCUAGCAUAAUGGUAACUGAAGGCGAUCUUUUGCAGCCUGAAAGGAUCCAUAAUGGGAUUGUGUUCAAUGUUAUCAAGAAAGAAGACUUGUCACCUUCAAGUAGGAGUCAUGAUAGUUUUAGCAAUGAAGUCGCCGAGUCUGUCCAAAUUUAUUGUCCAGGGAAGGAGAUGGACACUGCUAGCACAGUUUCUGAUUCCGAAAAUGGCGACAAUGAAACAAUUACCCUAGACAACAACUCCGAAGUUGAUUCCAGUGCCGAUUUGGGUAAGGAUAAAACCGUUGCUGACCGUUAA